GAUCAUUCUGUAGAUCUAGUUAUCCUACAAUAAUGACCACUCAAUUUGGGUCCUCUUCUUCUUCCUCUUCUAGUACCAUUCAGCCCUCUUUCUCUUCCUCUUGUGCUACCAUUCAGUCAUGGACAUACCAUGUCUUUUUGAGUUUUAGAGGAGAGGAUACGCGCAACACUUUUACAGGCCAUUUGCACAACAAUUUGGUUCAGAAGGGAAUUAAAACCUUCAUAGAUGAUGGCCUUACAAGAGGAGAAGAAAUAUCAAGCGCACUUUUUAAAGCAAUUGACGAGUCAAAAAUUUCUGUCAUUGUGUUCUCUGAAAGUUAUGCUUCCUCAAAAUGGUGUUUAGAAGAACUUGUGAAGAUCAUGCAUUGUAAUGAAUCGAAGCAACAAAUUGUAUACCCUAUUUUUUACAAGGUAGAUCCAUCAGAUGUACGAAACCAAGAGGGUAGUUUUGGUCAGGCACUUGCUCAUCAUGAUAACUUGGAGAAGGUGGCAGGAUGGAAGACGGCUCUUACAAAAGCAGGAAAUCUUUCUGGGUGGCAUUUCUCACACGGAGGGCAUGAAUCUAAAUUCAUUCAUAAAAUUGUUGAAGAGAUCUCACAACAAGUUUUAAAUUUUACAUAUUUGAAUGGGGACAAAUACUUAGUUGGAAUAGAGUCUCGUUUAAAACAUAUGGAAAAGCUUUUAUGUGAUGGAGAAAGUGACGUACGAAUGAUAGGGAUAUGGGGCAUUGGUGGAUUAGGCAAAACAACAAUUGCAAAGACUGUUUAUAAUAUAAUUUCCCAUAAAUUUGAAGGCAGUUGUUUUUUGGAAAAUGUUAGAGAAAGAUCGUUGAAAUAUGGAGGCCUACAAGAACUACAGAAGUUUCUUCUUUCUAAGACUCUAGGGUUGAGAGACUUAGAGGUAAAUAGUCUUGACGAAGGAAGCAUCAUGAUAAAAGAAAUAUUAAGCCAUAGGAGAGUUUUCUUAGUUCUUGAUGAUGUGAAUGAUUUGGACCAGUUAAAAAGUUUAGUCGGAAAGUCUAAUUGGUUUGGUUCUGGUAGUAGAAUAAUCAUAACAACACGAGAUAAGCACUUGCUACAUGAUGUUAAUCACAUAUACCAAGUGGAGAAGUUAAGUCACAGUGAAGCUUUGGAGCUCUUCAACUUUAAUGCAUUCAAAGGAAAAGGACAUAUGGGUGAUUACGUUGAACUCAUAGAUAAUGUAAUAUGCUAUGCUGAAGGGCUUCCUCUAGUUGUAGAAGUUAUGGGUUCAUAUCUACGUGGUAGAAGUACAGACACGUGGAAAGAUGCAUUAGAGUCUUGCAAAAGAGAUCCUAAGUUUCAACAAGUGCUCAAAUUAAGUUAUGAUGCACUUGAACCUUCGAUGAAGGAAGUUUUUCUUCACAUUGCAUGUUUCUUUAAAGGUAAAAAUAAGAACUAUGUGAUGGACAUAUUAGAAGGAUGUGACCUACGACCUAAACACAGCAUUGAAGUACUCAUAGAAAAGGCCCUCAUAAGCAUUACUGAAGCAAAUGGUGUUUGGAUGCACGAUGUGCUAGAAGAAAUGGGCAAAGAAAUAGUUUGUCAAGAGUCAUCAGAGCCAGGAAAACGUAGCAGAUUGUGGUUGUACGAAGAUGUUUAUCACGUUUUUGUGCACAACACUGGAACAAGCAAAGUUAAAGGGAUCAUGGUUCUGAAAGGCGUACCAGAUCAACAAAUACCCUUGAAUAAGAAAAGCUUCUUAAAGUUAAACGGUCUUCAAAUUCUUAUAAUUUGUGGUGAUGUAUUCUAUGGAGAUCAUGUGGAUUACCUUCCCAAUGAUUUGAGACUCUUAAACUGGAAGGAUUGUCAGUUACAAUAUUUUCCAUCAGAUUUUUAUCCUAGGAAACUUGCUGCACUCAAGAUGGAUUUCAGUGAGAUAUCAUCACCAUGGAGUGUACUUAAGGGAGGUUUUCUACGUCAAAUGACUCGGAUCUGCACAUCACCAUUGGGGAGGAGACUACAGAAUAUGCGCAAUUUGAAAUCAGUCGAUUUGGGAAAUUGCAAUGGUGCAACACCGUUUUCCUACUUCUCUAGAUUGCCAAACUUAGAGGAGUUGAAAAUAAGAGACAGUAAAAAAGUUAAGAAGUUUGAAAUUGUGGAAGAGAUGAAAUCCUUGAAAAGGUUGGAUCUAAGCCGUACUGCAAUCAGAGAAUUGCCUUCAUCAACAAUCAGAUGUCUCAUUAAUCUGGAAGAGUUAACUUUAUCAUAUUGCCAUAAACUUAAACAUGUGCCGUGCAGCAUUUUUGAGUUGCAACAUCUAGAGCUUUUGGAUCUCUCUUAUUGUAAAAAGCUGGUAACAUUUCCAACAAAGUCAGGGUUUUCAACGGGAUCGACCAGUUUACAGGACAAGCAUUAUACUCCAUUAUUCGUCAAAUUGAACAAUUGCGGGCGUCUUGUAGAAAUUGCAGAAAUUCCGCGAGAAAGAUAUGACCUAGAUGCGAGUGGCUGCUAUGGAUUGCAAAAAAUUUCAAAAUUGUCAAACAUUUUGGAAGGUAAAGAGUCAAAAUUGACCCCUUUUAUGGACUUGCUUAAUUGCUACGAACUAACCGGCAAUCUGGCUCGUGACGUGGCAAAGGUGAAAAAGAAUUUUCCGGAUAAUUCCAGGUCAACAGCUCUGUGGUUUCUCGUUUUCUCAUGUCGGCAAUCUGAGUGUCAGGUUUUCUUUAACGGCCCGCCUUACAAAUUUGGGAUUCCGGAGUGGUUCACUUGGCGCAGGGAUUUCGAUAUGGAAGGACUUCAAGGAUGUGAAGAAUUUAGAAUUGAUUUUCCUGGAAAUUUCAAAUGGGAGGACAAAGGAUUGGCUUUCUGUGCUCAAACUGUUGAUAACGAUCACCAGCGCUGGGCUAUGAGAUCAUGUUUCAGAAUAGUCACAAUCUACGUUAACGGUGUAUGCAUCACUGAAGUAUACCUAAUGACGGGAUGGUCCGUGUGGGGAUACUUGCCAUUCGAUACUAUAAUAGAACGGCUGAGUGAGAGUGGGUCACCACCACCUUCCGUGUGUCUGGUUAAGAUUGAAUUUAAAACCCGCGAUGUAUGGUCUAACGAGAUUAAGGACGAAGGGCCCCCGAUGCAAAGCUGCGGAGUCCACGUUGUAAUGCCAGAGGAUGAAGGCCAAUUUGUUUUGAGCUUAUCGACCCCUUCAGUCAAACAAGGCAAGCCAUACCUCCACCAUAUACAGUAAUGUUUAUCCCGUGGACGAAUUUCGCCACACUUAUCACUGAAGGAGAACGACUGCCAUCUAAACGCUCUGAAAACAGAGCAAAUGUGUAGUAUGCUUCAACAGAGAAAGGAAAUUGGUGCUAUCUGUUGAACUUUUCAUAUGGGCCAGGAAACCAAACAUUGAGACUCAAAGAAGAUGUGGGCUAAGAUGAGGAGGGAAUUUGGUUUCAUCACAUUACGGAGGUUUCUAUAAACAUUUAAACGUGCCUUGAAGUGGAAAUCUACAUGUAUCUGAACUUUUUCCCUUUGCAUAUUUUGUCAAGGAGUUUGAAUUGAUGGGGUCUUGAAUGCUAUCCACAUGGACAUCAUGGAGUAGAUAAAGAUUUAGGCCGUCUACAUGGCCGGAUAGACUUGGUAAACACCCUUAUGCUAAUACUGGCCUUAACAAGAGUUGAGAAGAAACUAGAUGGUACAGAUAUUGCUGACAGAUUGACAGGGCAAGAGGAUUAUCUACUUAAUUGACAAGCAUGUACAAAGGUGGACAGCUGCUUUCAAAGAGGACUUUUGCAUUCUUGGUAGUUUUGCUGCAAUGGAUACAUCCAUAUGUCGAUUAAGUCAGUUCUCGGAUGCUACAGAUUAGGCCCUGGAAAUUUUACGUUGCCAAAUCAAAGAAAAUGUGGGCUGAUAUGAUAUGCUCCUGUGGAGGAAGGGAUCUGGUGCUCACACUAAUAUGGGGUACUAAACCUGAUGCUUUGUUGGUUUGAAGGAGAGCUGAGAAUUUGAUUAAACUUGAUGGUCAUGACAGGAGAAAUUUGUAUCUCUGAGCAUGAUUGAAGGUUGGAUAACCCGUGUUUGGCAUUGUGAAGCUGCUGCCUUUGAACUACAUCUUAUGAUUGAGGUACAAUACAACGUGAGGUUCAUACAGACAAUCAAAUCUCUCUAGCUCUCUAAUCAGGGGAAUGAAGACUCCAAUAUUGUUCCAUGUAACAUCACGGAAUGACUGGUUUCUGGUUGGAUGGUCAUCCCUUUAAUUUAGGAAAGCAGAAUCACUGAGGAGAACCUUUGAGACUUUGUGAAAAACCGAUCGCAGUCACUGCUGCAACUCUGGUUUCUCUGAAACGGGAGCUGUGCUCUUUGGAUAGAUUCACUCCUAAAAAUGUUUUGGAGAAAGUAUUUUAUGUAUUCUUCUGUGGUCAUCACACAAUCUAAUUUAGUGCGUGUUCAUGUAACCUCAUGGUUGUAAACUGUAUGUAUGACAUGCUAGAAAAUUUUGAAAUGAGAAUUCUAAAAUGAUGUGGUCGAUAAUUGUGAA